UCGGAGACCUUGGAAGUGGAUUACGCAGUUAACACAACAUUCUUUUCCUAAGGGAGACUAUUCAACUUUAAUGUUGUGUUAUUUGUUAUUCAACGGUCGUUGUGAAGUUAAAGCGUAUUGAUAAGUCUACGGUUGUCUGGAGAGCUUAGACGGUGUUCAACUCCUGCCUGCAGGGGCAAGACAAGAUGGUCCAGAAAGGAGGACAAACGGAGUCUUGUUGGCUGUCCAUGUUGCUGGUGUGCACAUUCCCCGUGCUCGGUGCGGAGUAUGCCAACUGUGGGGAGAAUGAGUUUUUCAACCAAACCAGCUGCCAGCCCUGUCCGCCCUGCCAGCCCGGCUACGAGCCCUACAUGAACUGUGGUUAUGGAAUCAAGGACGAGGGCUACAACUGUGUUCCAUGUCCGACGGGAAAGUUCUCGAAGGGCAAGUACGAGAUCUGCCGGCGACACAAAGACUGUGACGCACUCUACCGAGCCACUGUACUGAUAGCGGGCACCCCAGAGAGCGAUGCGGAGUGUGGGACCUGUCUUCCAGGGUACUACAUCUUGGAGAACAGACCACGGAACAUCUAUGGGAUGGUGUGUCACUCCUGCACGAAUGCCCCCAAGAACACCAAAGAGUGCAUGCGCGUAGCCAAACCACCAGGCCCUGUAUCUCCCAGCAGUACCACCAGCUUCCCAUACACAAAGAAAGAUCCCCAGGGUCACCUAGCAACAGCCCUCAUCAUCGCCAUGUCGACCAUCUUCAUCAUGGCCAUUGCUAUCGUACUCAUCAUCAUGUUCUACAUCCUCAAAGCCAAGCCCAGCGGACAAGCCUGCUGUUCGGGCCAGAUGGUGAAGACCGUGGAGGCCCAGACAAACAAACAGGAAGAAAAGAAGGAGGUUCAAGAAAAUGUCGUCAUAUAUUCAGAGAAGGAUGAGUUUGACAAGCUGAAACCCACUCCUCCCAAGGCAGUGAAAAGUGAAAACGACGCCUCGUCUGAGAACGAGCAGCUACUGAGUCGCAGCAUAGACAGCGAUGAGGAAGCGGCUCAGGAGAGACAGGGCGCCUCCGACCUUUGCCUGCUGUCGCUGGUGCACCUGACCAGAGAGAAAGCCUGCUCCGCCAGCACCAUCUGCAACAACAAUAACAGCAACAAGGCCACUGGGAUUCAGAGUCGAAGAAAAAAAAUCUUGGAUCUCUACACAAAGGCCUGCAGUGUUGCUGAGGGCCUGAGUCCCACGGAGCUGCCCUUUGACUGCCUGGAGAAGACCAGCCGCAUGCUCAGCUCCACCUACAACACGGACAAGGCGGUGGUGAAGACGUGGCGCCACCUGGCAGAGAGCUUCGGCCUGAAGCGGGACGAGAUCGGCGGGAUGACCGACGGCAUGCAGCUGUUCGACCGCAUCAGCACGGCCGGCUACAGCAUCCCCGACCUGCUCACCAAGCUGGUGCAGAUCGAGCGGCUGGACGCCGUGGAGUCCCUGUGCUUAGACCUGCUCGGAGGGACGGAGGGCGGAGGAGGAGCGCCGCCCCACAGCCCUGUAGGCCCCCCUCUCUCGUCCCGCUGUGCCAGUGUUUAACAACCACCCCCUCCUCCUCCUCCUCCUCCUCCUACCACCUCCUCCUCCUCCCACCUCCUCCCCCUGCCCCUUAACAGCUCCGCUUCACAUGAAGAAUAGCAGCAGGCCUCCCUGGCAGGGACACAGAGAGACAGGCGUGCAUACGGAGCACGCUCCCUCACACAUUGCCUGCCUGCCUGCCUUCUUGUCUGUUGUUUUCCCUUGCUGGCUCUGACUGUGACUGCACAGCAGGCUGGAAGUAACGGCACGUUACCAAACUCAUUAGGGACUAAGAACAGCCUGGGCCUGAAAUGAAUUAUGAAGUCCUUUUUGGAUUUUUUUUUUCUAUUUUAUUUUGUAAGUUUUCUUUUUUUUUUCUACUUUUUAAAGUUGUCAGUUGUUUCUUUCUCUCCCAUUUUGGUUUUUAUGUGUCCCGCAAACCACAAGUUGUUUUCUGUUAUCCUCAUGAUUGGGCAAAAGAAGAAAAGGCAAACAACAAACAUUCCCUGCCAAAAGUUGGUGCCGAAUUCCUCCAGUGAAGUGGUUGACUUGAGCAGCCUAUACGGUUUGCUAAGAUCAUUUCACAUGAUCACAGAGUUCAAACUAGGAGGCUCCAAAGACAGCUUAACUUAAAGAAAGAAGUGCCUCAGGAAGAUAUAUGCUAAAUUACAAUGCCAAAGACUACCACAACCCAAUAUUUGUUGUGAAUACCCAUUUUUUGCGAUGUAUGUAGGCUUUACAGUACAUGAAGCACCAUAUGGGAUAAGUAUAAAAUGUUACUCUUGAGUGCUUCGUGUAACAAUGUCACUCACUCUACAAUGAACCAUACAGUGAAGACGUGACAGCUAGGUCUUACUCACUUACUGCCACAGCUGGGCUGUUAUUAGUCUACCAGAAGUCUUGCCUUAAUACACUCUAGCUCCUGGGUUGGCGGCCUCCACACACAGAAGCCGACAUGGGGGGGACAAAGGGGUCACUUGUCCCAUGCCCAGGGAGCCCAAAAUUGGUUCCUCAAUGCAUCGUCUGUACUGGCUUUGGGGCCCUUUUUCAGCUGACUUUGUCCUGGGCCCAGCCAAAGCCGUCAGCGUCUCUGCCUCCACAUAAUAUGCUGCUGGUCUGAUAGUGGCGUGCUGCCGUGGAGAUGGAGCAGUGAAAGCCCCUCAUAAGCCCGUGCCUUAGCCUCCUGUGGUGUGCCGCAGCGGCUGGAUAUAAUUGGCCGAAAUUAUCGGUUUACGAAGUGCCUGUGAUUUCCAGCACCCAAUUAACUAAUAAGCCCAAAUGGAAAAGCCAUAAAAGCGACCAGUAUAACCCGAGAGGCAGCAGCAGCAGCAGCUGAAGCACUUACGCCAAAGGUGAAGCAAAGUAGCGCUGGUCUGCCGCCCAAUGUUCCCACUUUUAUUGUAAAGGCAAUGAAUUUUCAGAUAAGCUGUAAAUGACGACUGUUCAAAAUUGAGUGCAAUUGUGGAAUAGUACUUGUAUAUCGGUGUCCUAGUUGACAACCAUUUCAUUGUUCUGAUUGCUGAUGCAUCUACUCCAAGUAUGGCAGAGAAAUAGCCCAAUCUAUUCAUAAUGCAGAGAAUCCUGUGAUUGAGUUAAAAAAAUUCUGCUAUUAUUUUAGACUUGUACAUUAUAUUCACAGCGAUCAUAACAAAUAUAUGAAUAUACAUCAAAUGUACAAUUUAGUAAAUCUUCAGAUAUGUUGACAUUGUUUCAUGUGCUGUACCUGGCUAUUUAGCUACCAUGAGGUACAAGCACAGUAGGCCUGGAACUGGUACAAGUGUUGUACAACUGCUUUCUCUUCUAUCAUGGUUAGAAAAAUAAUUGAAUUUGUGUUCAUAGAGUUUGUAGUUGCCAAUUUCCAGGUGUUACAAAAAAAAAGAAAAAAAGAAUUUGAACAGGAGCAGGACUCCGGUGAUGUAAAGGAAUAGAUCAGCUUGUACAAUGUUGAGUUCUUGCCAUGUAUUCACUGCUAAAUAUCUCUUUUUUAGUGUAAGAGAGUAACAGUCAUCAGUGAAUAACAUUUCAUUGUGCUUGGUCAAUAUGUACAUAACAGGUUCUCUUACCUCAAACGUAUUUUUUUUCCCAACAGAGUAGAUAUAAGAAACACAGAAGCAAAACAUUACCAGGUGUACAAUACAAAAUGUAAGUGUAUAUAUAACUUAUUAC